GGAUGGGGGGAGGGGAGAAGAAAAAUAAAAACAUUUUUUGUAUCCUUUAAAAAGCCUCUCUUUAGACCGGCUAGAAUAGGGAUAAACUCCAAAAUUCUGAAUUACCCUUCGGAAAUGGAACUACUCAAAUUUCUACUUCAUAUCCUUCAGUCCUUUGGCCUUCUGGGGCGUGGGGGUAAUGAUCUCAACCAGGAGAUACUGGAUGCUGGCGGCCUCCUUCCUGACCUGUCUGGGGUUGCGGGAGCAAACGCACUGAUUCCUUCCACCGGCUUCAAGUGUCCAAAUUAUAGCCCUCGGGGAAUCAAGGAGGACCUAAUAUCUUGCAAUACUCCUGACAAUCGGUCGUGCUGGUUUAAGCCAAAUAAGUGGUGGGCCCCAAGGGGUUACGAUAUCAAUACGGAUUAUGAGUUUAGUUGGCCGGAUGGGACGCAUAGAGAGUAUUGGCUUGAGGUCACUGAUGGCAAGACUGCACCUGACGGAUAUGUUAAAACCAAGGCGAAGCUAGUGAAUGGGACAUACCCAGGACCACUCAUCGAGGCGUGUUGGGGCGAUCAACUUACUAUCCAUCUGAUGGUGUGA